GAAAAAAAUGAAGUCAAUUAUACAACACCCCGGCUAUCUGAAGCUCCCUCCUUCCCACCGUCUCUUUUAUGCAUCACACCACAACAGCUGGUGUCUCAACAUGCUCGGCGGCUCUCCGUAGCCUUCACCGGGAGCGCCGGGUCCAGUCCGCAGGCAUGUCAACCGGGGGCUCCGACAGCACGGUGGACAAACCGGCAGAUCGAGCUGCAGAAGAGGAGGAGGGGCCAAUCCAAGCAGGAUCCACGAUGCCAUCUGUCGAGCUGCCAAGGAAACGGAAAGGGGAGGUGGAGGAGAGGUCAGACACCUGUGUACAGCAAAGCCUCAACUUCAACUUAGAGGAUGACCUCAGCAGAUCUGAGGGAGAGGAUCAGCAAGUCAAAAUGAAAUGCUUCAGGGAACCUCACCGACAGAUUGAAAAACGACGGAGGGACAAAAUGAACAACCUCAUUGACGAGCUUUCCGCCAUGAUUCCUGCGUGCCAGCCCAGGGCAAGAAAACUUGACAAGCUCACUGUUCUACGGAAAGCUGUACAACACCUGAAAGCCCUCAAAGCUGGGGCGAGCGGUGCCUUCGCCGAUGCCAAGCACAAGCCUUCCAUCCUGCCUCACGAUGACCUUCGGCACCUUCUGCUCAGGGCAGCCGAUGGCUUCCUGUUAGUCGUAAGGUGCGAUCGGGCGAAGAUCCUGUUCAUCUCAGAGUCUGUCUCCAAGAUCCUUAACUUCAGCAAGUUGGAGCUGACCGGCCAGAGUUUGUUCGAUUUCAUCCACCCCAAAGACAUCCACAAGGUGAAGGAGCAGCUCUCGUCCUCAGAGAUGCUCCCCCAGCAGCGCCUCGUCGACGCCUCCACGGGGCUUCAGGUCCAGGCCGAAGCCCCCGUCAGGCCGUCCCACUUGGCCACCGGAGCCAGGCGAUCCUUCUUCUGCCGCAUGAAGCACAGUCGGGUCACAGGGAAGCACGAAGGCAAGCACUCGCUGCCCGCCGCUUCUAAGAAGAAAGAGACCUACAGGUACUGCACCCUCCACUGCACUGGGUACAUGCGGACCUGGCCGAGCGGCCAGCUGGACCCGGAGGGCGACGCCGCGGACAAGGAGACGCCCAGCCUGAACUGCCUGGUGACGGUGUGCCGCCUCCACCCCAACGUCUCCCACCAGCCCCCUAAAGACGUUAACGUCAAGGCCACCGAGUUUGUAACCCGCUGUGCAAUCGACGGCAAGUUCACUUUUGUAGAUCAACAAGCCACGACAGUCAUCGGUUAUUUGCCGCAGGAAGUUCUUGGCACCUCCUGUUACGAGUACUUCCACCAGGACGACCUGCAGCAUAUGGCAGGGAAGCACCGGCAAGUUCUUCGAAGCAAAGAGAAAAUCGAGACCCAGUGCUACAAGUUCAGAACAAAACACGGCUCCUAUGUUACGCUCCAAAGUCAGUGGUUUAGCUUCACCAAUCCGUGGACCAAAGAAGUGGAGUUCAUCGUCUCUUCGAACAGGGUGAUCUCGGGGCCUGGUCACACAAAAGACGAAAGCGAGGCUGGCAGCUCGAAAUCGACUCAGGAUGAAGCACAGCAACUCCCGGAGAUUCCUGGCCUCUCCACUGGUGUGGGCACCAUGAUCUACGCAGGCAGCAUAGGGACCCAGAUCGCAAACGAACUGAGCGACACAUACAGGGCAAACUCAUCCCCAUCAAGUGGAGCCUCUAGUCCAUUUGGUUCUGUCCAGGAGAAAUGUCUACUCACCAGCAGGAGUACUCCCAGCAGAGAAGAGGAAGCAGGCAGCUCUUCAACCUCCCAGUCCCAGGCUGAUUCCAGCAAGGAAGCUGCUGAAAGCAGUGGAGCUCCUGAGAGUCGAGGUGAGCUGUCCCAGCUGGACCUGGAUGUCCCAGGGCUCAGCAGCUUCACCAGCGACGAGGCAGCAAUGGCGGUCAUCAUGAGCCUGCUGGAGACGGACGUGAACAUGAGCCAAUCGGGGGACUUUGAAGAUUUACACUGGCCUUUCUAGAGGGAGAGCUCUGACUCUCAGCGCCCCCUCUAAAGUUCUUGUGCCCUUUUUUUCCUUUUUUUUUGUUUUUGCCAAAUGCCACGAACCUGUGAACCGUUUAACAAACUGUUAUCUGAAGACUUGCCUGUCCUCAACCAAGUGAAGGCGCUGGACUUGUCCUAAAGGUUGCAACAUGUCUUAGUUGAGGACAGAAUAUUGUGACUGAUCGUCUUGUUGGUUUCUUGGUUCUUGCUCAAAGCAUGUUGAGGUUAAAGUGCCCCCGGAGCCAGUGGUGAGCCAGUCUUCCUCAGUGAGACCUUAGCACCUUAAGGGAGGUCUAGACCAACACUUUCUACAGAAAACUAAAGGAACAAAGUAUUUGCUCUGCUGCCAUCAGUUAUCAAGGUGGAAGAAGAAGAAGAACGAGACUCCUGACGAAUUCAGUGCUGCUAUUGCAACUCCUCAAACUUUGAACAGUCGCGCAUCACCGGCACACGGUGAAAACGGUCAUGUUUUCCAUCACAUGGAUGAUUGUCUUUCUUUUGUUGUUGUUUCUAUUUGCAUUUUUAAAGCCCUAUUUGCAAAAAAACUGUCAAGUAAAAGUGAGAUAAUUCUCUAAAAGGAGGCGUUUUGUCCGAACUUGUGUUCAGAAAUUGUCGAAAUAAGAAUAUUUAUCCUUCCAGCUCCCCUAGAUUUUGGUGUUUAAAAAGUCAUAACCACCCAACUCAAUCACCCACACGAGGUUUGUUUUUAGUGACACAUAAAAAUUCUGAAACCAAUUUUGUUGUUACUCUAAAAUGAGUAACAAUAAAGCAUCACAAUACACCCCAACGUUAUUAACACAGGACAGUCAAUUGUGGCCACAAACCCAAUUGGCUAGGGUUAAGAUGAUUUUGUAUAUCUGCCUUGCUUGUAGAAAAAUAUUCUGCCGCUUUUUUAUCAAUUUCCUUUUCCAUACUUUUUUUUCUCUCACUGAUCAGCUAGGACACACACACCCUUACAACGCACUUGACCUUGUAGCCUACACAAAUUGGCUACUACAAAUUUUUUGGGCAGGUUGGAAGAUUUUGCCAGCUCACAAAACCAUAUAUAUAAAAAUAUAUACAUGUCCACCAUUGCUACAAAAAUGAUGCAACUAUGGCUCACAAUCUGUUACAUUAACCCUUUUUAUGCCACUACGUAUUGCGUGCUGUGUUAUGCAGACAUCUCGAUACUUAAAACUGAAAGUGAAACUGACGGCAUGCCCAACUUUCUGAUUGAUUUGGCUAAUCAUUUAGUUGUUAUAAUUAUCUUAACAUUCAGGAGCACACAUAAAGCCUAAAGAAACCAAACUGAAAAUGAGACGGUGAAAUAAGGGCCAAAAAUAACGUCCCGAUCCUGAUACAGCCAGACACUGUGAAUGUCACACACUUGCUCCCAAUAGACAUGGACUAUUCCACAAUGGGAGCACAUCAGAAGUAGCAUACAUACCUGGAUAACAGAGUAUAGCUUGACAGCUUCUUUGCGGUGUUCCUUGGACUUUUGGAAGAGAAUCUGAUCCACAGCAUCCCAGAUCCUCCACCAUAUUCAACACCUGGCCCGACGUGCUCUUCCACAUAUUCACUCUUUAUUUUCUAAAAAAGAUUUUGUCUUUGUCUCGCCAAAACACACGGUUUCAGUUGAAGUUCGAGAAAAGCUUAGCAAACUCCACAUGUUUACAUUCGUGAUGGCUGUGCAGAAAAUGCUUUUAUGUGACAUCACUCCCGAAACAACCAGUUGAGGUGUAAGUUGAAUCCCGUGGUGGUUAGCCAGUGGCUAGCUUACAUAACGAGCUUUUUGUGUCAUGUUAUGUUUAAACGCACAGGGCGGAAAAAGUGUCAUAUUUUACUUAUUAGAAGUUAUUAUCAAAUGUAAAAUGCUUCAGUGGCAUUUAUUUUAGAGGAUUAUUAAGGAUUUCAAUAACUUUGCCUGGAACGUAGAUGUAAACAGUUAUAUUUUUUGACAUGGAUGCCCCCCACACUAAAUAAAUGUAUCUAAAUUCAA